AUGUCGGAAGAAAAGCCAAAGGAAGGAGUAAAGACUGAGAACGACCACAUUAACCUGAAAGUGGCCGGUCAAGACGGCUCGGUGGUACAGUUUAAAAUCAAGAGGCACACUGCUCUCAGCAAACUCAUGAAAGCAUACUGUGAACGACAGGGACUGUCGAUUCGUCAAAUAAGGUUUAGGUUUGAUGGACAGCCCAUAAAUGAGAAUGACACACCUUCACAGUUGGAAAUGGAGGAUGAAGACACUAUCGACGUGUUCCAGCAACAGACGGGAGGAGACUUUUCUUAA